AUGUACCUCCUUCGCGCGCAGGAAACGGACACUCCAGGGAGUCUUGAUGUCAAACUUGAGCUCCACGUCGACAAUGUUCCGCCGUAUGCCAUUCUGUCCCAUAGAUGGGGAUCGCCGGCCGAUGAACCCACUCUCCAAGAGCUCAUGGUUCAAACUGCGUCUGUCAAGCAGAAAAAGGGCUAUCAGAAGCUGCUUUCGUGUUGUUCACUAGCUCUAGAGUACGGCCUCAGCUAUGUGUGGAUCGACACAUGCUGCAUCGACAAGUCUAGCAGUGCUGAGUUGUCAGAAGCGAUCAACUCCAUGUACUCUUGGUAUCAGGACUCACACGUCUGUUUCGCCUACAUGGAAGAUGUGCCGCCAGGAGACGAUAUUAUGGAUGUGGGGUCUGCAUUCAGAAAGAGUGUUUGGUUUACCAGAGGGUGGACCUUGCAAGAACUCAUUGCACCUAAUGAGGUCAUCUUUUUCGACUCUCAUUGGGGAUCAAGAACUCUUGGUAGCAAAUCCACCUUGCACAAACUUCUUUCGAGCAUCACGGGAAUCCAGGAAGAGAUUCUUUCCCACAGAGAAAAGCCGCAUACCGCAAGCCACAAGGAUAAGCUACAGAUCGCAAGCGUAGCACAGAAAAUGUGCUGGGCAUCUCGAAGAAGAACCACACGUGUAGAAGAUGAGGCCUAUUCUUUGAUGGGAAUAUUUGGGGUCAGUAUGCCAACAGUCUACGGCGAGGGGCGGAAAGCAUUCUUUCGGCUUCAAGAGGAAAUCAUGAAAGGCUCGGCUGAUCACACCAUUUUUGCCUGGGAUUCUGACGAAGACCAUGAGGAUCACAAAGACCACGAAUACCAAGGCAUGUUGGCGAAUUCUCCGCGAUUGUUCUGGCGGUCUGGAAACUUCACUUCAAUGAGCUACAACGAAUUUAUCAACCGAUACCAUUUGGACGAAGCCGAAGUACAGCCAUACUAUACGAUGACCAACUUUGGCCUUCAAAUUCAACUCCCACUGCGUUUCAUAUACAGACUUCUUGGUAUCCUCGUGCGGAAAAGGGCUCUGUCAUCAUAUUCCUACGGCAACGCGAUGACCGCCCUGCACGCCAUUUUGUCCGCACGCACUUCAACGGCCGCACGUUGA